AUGUUGAUCAAAUUUUUUCCGCUCAUCAAGGAAAAGCCGUUGAACGAGCUGGUUCAAUCGCGCGAUGCUUUUAUUUACUUAGAGAGAGUCAUGUGGACCUUGGGAUGGACAGAGCCUUACGAAAAAAGAUGGGCAGUGGUUUACAAGGUAUUUUCCUUUAUGACAUCCAUUGGGUUCUUUAUCCUACUGCCGCUAUCGAUAUGCGUGGAAUAUGUCAACCGCUUCAAGAGUUUCUCGGCUGGCGAGUUCCUGAGUUCUCUUGAGAUCGGGGUAAAUAUGUGUGGAUGCUCCUUCAAGAACACCUACACUUUGUUGGGACGCAGGAAAGUGCGAAAGGCCAAGCUGAUCCUGGAUCGUCUGGACGAAAGAUGCCUUCGGGAUGAGGAGAAGUCCUUGGUGCAUCGCUAUGUGGCUCUAGGAAACUUUAGCUACACCGUUUACCACACGUGCUACUGGGUCUUUGUGAUCACAAACUUUAUAGGUUUCCUGCUGAUAGGUCAUCACGCCUGGCGCAUGUACAUUCCGCUGCUCAAGUCCGAUGAGCACUUUCUCAUAUCCAGUGUCGCGGAAUUUUUGCUAAUGCUCUACGUGGUGACCAUGGCUCAGUGCUCGGAUGUGUGUCCGACGAUCAGCAUGUUGAUGGCUCGAUGUCACAUCAUCCUGCUCAGAAAUCGGAUGAUGCGUCUGCGAUCGGAUCCGGAGAAAGGAGACGAUGAGGACUUGGAGGAGCUGACAAAGUGCAUACAGGAUCAUCGUUUGAUAUUGGACUAUGUUAACACUCUGCGGCCCGUCUUUUCGGGGGUCAUUUUCGUGCAGUUUCUUCUGAUUGGCGUCGUUUUGGGUCUCUCGAUGAUCAACGUAAUGUUCUUCUUGUCAUUUUGGACCGGCCUUGGCACUUGCCUCUUCAUGUUCGACGUUUGCAUGGAAACAUUUCCCUUCUGCUAUCUCUGCAAUAUAAUUAUCGAUGAUUGCCAGGACCUUGCCGACAGUCUUUUCCAAUCAAAUUGGACGAGUGCCAGCCGUCGCUACAAAUCCACUUUGGUUUACUUUCUUCAUAAUUUGCAGCAGCCCAUUAUCCUUACGGCAGGUGGAAUUUUUCCAAUUUGCAUGCAGACAAACCUGUCUAUGGUUAAGCUUGCCUUUUCUGUGGUAACCAUUAUAAAGCAAUUCAAUUUAGCCGACAAGUUUAAAUAA